AUGGCUAUCAAUUGGCGGCAAAGAGCUACAGUUUUCCAGUUACUAGCCGCGGUCUACGCAGAGCUGGGAGAAGAAGCAUUUAGAGGUCGAUAUUUAUCAAUUGCAAAGUAUUUCGGUCCUGAUGCGACCUACGACUCCAUCAAAUCAUUUUUCGCGAAGGAGGUCUCAAGAACAGCAGACCAGCUCAAAGCCAAAAACCCUGACCACCAGGGCUCUGGGAAAAGGGCACCACCGAGACCUCCAUCAAGAUCAUCACGGCCACCACAUCUCUUCUUUGACGACGAAGAUCUGAGCAUUCUUACUCAACGGGAAGCCGAAGCUCACUUUGGCCACACUCAUCGAGCACCGGCCAAGCGUCCUCGGGUGAUUAAAGUCUCAGAAGUGUCUCCGAAUCCCGAAGACAUCCCUUUCUGCACUACCGCACCAACCAGUCCUACGUUCGAGUUCCGAUCCAAUGGAGCUGUCCGACAAGCGAGCCUCCAGAGCAGACAGAAAGAGCCUGUCAUCGCAGGUCCGUCAUCGAACAUCGAGUCCGCUUCGUAUGUCACGGCGCGAAGUCAUCAGCCAGCCUCGGAAAAUCAGAGCACAAACAAUAAGAGGCCGUUCUCCGCCAUCGAGAACGACAUCGAAGCUCAGCCCACAUUGUCUCCUGCCCGUAGUGUCCCUUCCACACCGAAUCCAGAAACCUUUGGAUACGUCACGAAGCAAGGAAACUACAGAUGCGCACUAUGUCUCAGUCAACUGCCCAGCCAGGAGGACCUCAAUCGCCAUGAGUCGCUAAGUAAUGAGCAUUUGCGUAAUCUGAAGAACGAGUUCAAGCUCUCCAAGGGGCGAGAGAAGCUCGCUCAAGUCCGAGCCGUCUCGGCUGGACCACAUCAGGCGACACCUGCACCACCUGAGCCACUGAGAAUCAAUGGUUUACGUGAUGGUGAACCUAUCGAACCCGACGGCCACCUUGAAUCUCACGGCCAAGGCGGUAACCAAGCGCCACAAGGACAGCCAUGGAAGGAUGCCACCGGCCCAACACAACGCCAACAUGACAUACCACUGGACACGAUCGAAGUCCGCAGACGCUCUCCAAGCUUCUCUUUGCAGACAGUGAGUCACAUUGAAAGGGCUGUACCUAUCCCUCCGAUACAAAGCAGCCAAACAGCCGAGAAGGUCAAGGACAAUGGCAAGGCACGAGCAGCGUCCAUCGUACUAUCUUCCGGACCUAAAGCGUAUGUCGAAUCACAUACCAUGUCUCGAUCACCGCCUCAUCCAUCGCUGCCCGGGAGCCUCAAUACCCCGCCCCGUGGAGGCUCCUGUCCGGCGAGCGUAGAACCUCAAAUUGGUGCUCCAGCAGCCCCAUUCUCACAAGGAGCAAGCAUCAGCACGCGAGCAACUUCGGCGCGAACAGAGAUCGGGUCUGUCACACCUCACCAAGCCAAGGCGCUCAGCCGUUCAGUCUCAAAGCCGGUGGGAACAUCGAUGUUUUCGCCCACGGACCUCGCAGAUAUCAUGCGCUCGACGGAAAUGAUGAUCCAGCUAAUGAGUUGUGUGCAGCGCGAGGCGGUCUCAGUUGCCAGUGCCAACGGAAUCGGCAGGAACUCGACCAGCACGAAGUCAAGCAUGAUCAACGGAGUUGAUGUUGAACCGAUACGUUUGGAUGCUAGUCCAGCUGUGGCGCCGUCACAACCGCCCACUGUAGGCAGUACAAGUGAAAGCGGGAGCAGCAGUGGGAGUGGUGGCGGGAUUGCAAGGCGCAGCAAGCCCGAAAAGAGGAUAAAAGACACAGGGGAACAGGGGGUUUUCAUUGUUCUUGAUUGA